AUGUCUACACAUACGCAUGCAUACCCCGUCAAGCUGAGCCACAAGACGGCCCGACGCGAAACAAACCAAGAAGACAGGAGGCUGAGCAAUAUGUUCAUUCUCAACUACCAAGUAUCAGCUAUGAACCAACUAUCAUCUUUAAACUUUUCACUUCCAGCUUCACCUUUAAACUCUGACUUUUAA